AUGCAGACAAAGGGGGAGAAAAACGGAUACAUCCAAAGUGUUCAAGCAAAAAUCACGAACCACUGGACAGUGUCGAGGAAACUGUGCUCACCAGAGCAGUACGAUGCCGAAGAAUGGCUCUUUACCGUCUAUUUGGGCAAGGACCGGUACUACUCGGCGCGAUGCUUGCGCUUCUCGCGGUGGUACCUCUUUUGGGCGAGUUUCGUGGUGCAGUUCUGCAUCGGCUCCCUUUACUCGUGGUCAGUGUUCAACAAGCCCAUUGACAACCAUGUCUUCGACGAUGCGGCGGCUGGGUACGCUGUCAACUCGUUUUACAUCGCCGUUGGCACUUUUGGCACCACAACGGCUAUCAUGGGCCCCUGGAUCGAGCGAAAUGGUCCACGCUACGGUGUCGUACUUGGCACUUCCUUCUUUUUAGCGGGUCAUAUUAUCGUGGCUAUUGGUCUCGCGUUUGAAGCCAUUGCUGCAGUUUUCGUUGGUUAUGGGCUGUUCUGCGGCUUUGGCAUGGGGCUUUGCUACAUUGCACCAGUGUCGGCACUGCAGAAGUGGUUUCCAGAUUACCGUGGUACAGCAGCAGGCUUUGCUGUCGCAGGUUACGGCGCCGGAGCUGUGGCAUGGGCGAAAGUCUAUCGACCGUGUAUCGAAGCCGUUGGAGUUUCGUCGACUUUCCUCGUCGUGGGUUGCGUAAUGGCUGGCGCAAUGUAUUUGUGUGCUAUCGUCUUGCGCACGCCUCACCUCGAGUUUACUGUUGCCGGGAUGAACAUUCACGGUGAAAAGGUGAAUGAGGCUGAAAUGGAGACCGAUCAUGUAGAGAUGAGAGAUCGCUACGUGUCGGAUGCGUCUGACCAUGACAUUGAUUUCAUCAUUAGCACGAACGCCCAGGUACGCAAGUUAUCGCUUGUCGAUGCCAUCAUGACAAUGGAGUUCCUCUUCAUGUACCUUAUGUUCUUCGCGAACCAAAUCUACGGGCUGGUCGUCUUGUCCAAGCUAUCAAACAUGUGCACGGACAUCUUCGGCCGAUCGGCGGAUGAAGCGGCUAGCAUCGUGUCGAUCAACGGCGUUUUCAACUGCUUUGGUCGACUGUUUUUCUCGCUGGCAUCGGAUCUCGUUGCCCGGUACUAUAACAUUGAGCACUCCUUUGCGCGCAAGUGCGUAUUCUACACGACGUUGACCCUGCAGGCUGUCAUUGUGGGCACAACCCCGACAUUGAUUCGCAAGAACCAAUACACGGCGUUCGUGGCGGAGAUAUUUCUUCUGACGGCAUGCUAUGGCGGUGGGUUCGGUACUAUUCCAGCGUUCCUGACCGACAUGUUCGGCGCUUUCAACAUAGGUGCGAUGCACGGACUGAUCCUGACAGCAUGGUCGAUUGGGGGCGUUGUAGGUGGCAUUACAUUUAACAAUGCCUACGGCAGCAACAUCGCUGCCGGGAUCUCCAUCAGCGAGGCUUACAUUUCUACGGUGGUCGACAUCUUCAUCGUCAUUUUAGUAGGUUUGGUCAUGCUGUUUUUGGUCCGCACGAAUCCUACGGACCGUUUUGAGCCAGGUUACCACUUCAGCGUCUUUGGUAAACGACUGAUCAGCAUGAAGGGCGAAGAGCAGCUUCCGAAGAAGGACAUGCUGCUCCAAAUCAUUUGA